AUGACCACAACCCAAGAGGCGGUGUUGGAACCAGGGACGAUUGGUCCUGAGGGUCUACCGGAUAAAAGUCAUGUUGCGAUAGAUACCAAAAAUGCUCAGGACGGCCAGGACGAGCAGCAUGCCAAAGAGGCUGCCAAGCUGAGGCCCGAGAGGGAGGCGAAGUUCAGCGACUACUAUCGCAUCUUUUCAUACGCAAAGGCGUGGGACUACCCACUCAUGGCCCUAGCGGGCUUUGCUUCCAUAGCUGCUGGCGUGACCAUGCCUUUGAUGAACGUAGUGUUUGGCGCGCUCACAACGCAAUUUGUGGAUUACUUCAACCCCACAUCCGGCAACGUAUCACAGGCAGCUUUUGAAAGCGCACUCAACCGCAAUGCAUUGUAUAUUUUUGCCCUCUUUGUCGCCAAGUUUGGCUUGACUUAUAUGAACAAGUUCUCCUUCCGAAUAAUAGGUAUCCGCAUGUCUGCUGCAAUAAGAUUGCACUACUUGCAAAGCCUUUUCGGACAGACAAUCCAUGUCCUUGACUCCAUGGCGCCGGGUGCCGCUGCUGGAACAAUUACGACUACAGCCAAUACUCUGCAGCUUGGUAUCUCGGAGAAACUCGCCACCUUUCUCGAGUUCACAGGUUCUAUCGUGGCAGCCUUGAUCGUGGCAUUCGUUAAGAGCUGGCAGCUGACCCUUGUAACCGCUUCUGUCAUCCUUUUUAUUCUAAUCGUUGUUAGCAUCCUGCUCCCCUUCAUCGUCAAGGGACAGGGUCGACAGGCUAUUGCAGAAACCAAAUCCUCAUCUGUGGCCAGUGAAGCUUUUAGCAGUAUUCGUAUGAUCACGGCUUGUGGUGCAGAAACACAAGUGGCUAGGCGCUUUAAUGUCUGGGCAGACACUGCUAAGAAACAUGGACAGAAGACGUCGCCGAUGAUGGCGCUGCAAUUUGGUCUCGUCUUCUUCUCGCUUUACGCCGCCUUUGGUCUGUCCUUUUGGUACGGCGCGAAGUCUGUCACAGAACAUCGUGUGGGCAGUGUAGGUGACAUAGUCGUUGUUCUCAUGUCCGUCAUGAUGAUGGUGGUCUCGCUCGAACGGAUAGCGACACCGCUAAUUGCAGUCGGGAAAGCCAUGGUGGCGGCUUGCGAGUUCUUUAUCGUUAUUGAUGCGCCGAAGCCAGAUCGUGGCAGCCUGAAAGCGCCUGAUGUUUCGGCUACCGAUGAUAUUGUGUUUGAAGAUGUGGAAUUCGCCUAUCCCAGCCGACCUCAUGUCAAGGUCCUGGAUCGGUUGAACUUGAGGAUUGAAGCCGGCAAGCUUACCGCGAUCGUUGGUCCGUCCGGAUCUGGCAAGUCAACCAUUGUGGGACUGAUCGAAAGAUGGUAUACGCUAAGUGACCAGCACAUCAUUGCUAAAGCCGUUGAUCCUCAACAGGAGAAAGCAAAACAGAAGAAAAAGAAAAAGGGCAAAAAAGACGAUGACGACGUGGAUGGGGAAAAAGCUGGCGCCAGUGAUGAGGAGUCUGGAACCCCGGUGGAGCUCAAAGGCUCAAUUUCAACUUCUGGUCAUCAACUGGGCGAAAUCGAGCUCAAAUGGUGGCGCUCUCAGAUUGGUCUCGUUCAGCAGGAGCCCUUCUUGUUCAAUCAGACGAUAUAUGAGAACGUUGCCUACGGACUGAUAGGGUCGGAAUUCGAGAACGUAACUGAAGAACAAAAGAGGAAACUUGUCGUCGAGGCUUGCAAGGAAUCAUUCGCCGAUGAGUUCAUCGAUCGACUGCCAGACGGCUACGACACAAUGGUUGGUGAUAGUGGAACAAAGUUAUCUGGAGGCCAAAGACAACGUAUCAGCAUUGCACGAGCCGUCAUCAAGAAGCCCAAGAUAUUAAUUCUCGACGAGGCGACCUCUGCCAUUGAUGUUCGCGGCGAACGCAUUGUACAAGCUGCUUUGGAUAAAGUUUCGCAAGGCAGGACGACUGUGACUAUCGCUCACCGCCUCUCGACCAUUAAGAAAGCGGAUACCAUCGCCGUGAUUCAGAAGGGGCGAGUUGUUGAACAAGGAACACACGAUGGUCUGCUACAAAAUGAGAAGGGUGUCUAUCACGGACUCGUGUAUGCCCAGCAGCUUUCUCUGGGCGAACCGACCGAGGCUAGCGGGUCGGACAGCCCAGAAGAAGAAGAAGAUCUGGGCGCUGUUCUCGAUCGCGAGAAAAGCGCCGCUUUAUCGGAAAACGAUGAAGUGCGGACCAAAGCUGGAUACAAGCGUAAGGGGCUUUUUGGCAGUUUCGGCCGUUUGCUUUAUGAGCAGAGGACUCGCUUCGUAUCUUACGGCCUGACAAUAUUCUUCGCGGCAUGUACAGCUGCGGCAUCGCCGCUGCAGGCUUACCUAUUUGCCAAGAUUAUUGUCAUUUUCCAAUAUGACCCACAAUCUGCCCAAUUCACUAGUGAGGCCAAUUUCUGGUCGCUCAUGUGGGUUGUAUUGGCUAUAGGUGUCGGUAUUUCCUGGUUCUUUGUCGGGUUCGUUUCUACACAUUUGGCGUAUUAUAUCUCGGCCACGUACAGGAAGCAGUACUUCGAAGGCCUGCUGUACCAGAAGACUUCCUUCUUUGACGAGGAGGACAAUUCUACAGGAACACUGACUGCACGAGUUGGGGGUGAUCCAAAGCAACUUGAGGAGAUGUUGGGUAUGAAUAUGGCCAUGGUCUACAACUCCAUUUUCACACUCGUUGGAGCCCUAUCCAUAUCAUUUGCGUAUGGCUGGAAGCUCGCUCUUGUGGCACUGUGUGUUACAAUGCCACUCGGUCUCUCGGCUGGCUACUUCCGACUCAAAUAUGAGUUGGAGUUUGACAGGAUGUACGGAGCCGUCUUUGCAGAAAGUAGCAAGUUCGCCGCUGAGGCUAUUGGUGCGUUCAGAACCGUUGCGUCUAUGACUCUUGAGGAUACCAUCACGGACCGAUACGACAAGCUACUCAACGGUCAUGUUGUCACGGCCUACAAGAAAGCGCGCUGGACGACUCUAAUUUUUGCUUUUUCCGAUAGCAUCAGCCUUGGUUGCCAGGCCUUGAUCUUCUGGUAUGGCGGCCGGCUCAUGGCUACUAGAGAGUAUGAUCCAACGCAGUUCUUCGUCUGCUACAUGGCUGUCAUUCAGGGCGCUGAAGCUGCCGGUAACGGCUUCAGCUUCGGUCCAAAUGCUGCCCAAGCUUCUGCAGCUGCCAACCGAAUUCUGAGUAUUCGUGGGUCGCCAGACAACAGAGACAGCAAAGAUCCGGCCAAUAUCCCUGACACAGAUGGCGGUAUUCAGAUUGAGCUCAAAAACGUGCAUUUCAAAUACCCAACACGUAAUGUCUCUAUCUUCAAGGGUCUCAAUCUUUCCAUUGGGAAAGGUCAAUUCGCCGCACUCGUGGGCGCCUCAGGUUGUGGUAAGACCUCAAUUGUCUCCCUUCUGGAACGUUUCUAUGAUCCCCAAAAGGGCCAGAUUCUCGCAAACGGUACCGAUAUUCAGGAUAUCAACGUGUAUCAAUACCGCAAGCAUUUGUCGCUCGUGGCGCAAGAGCCAAACAUAUUCCAGGGCUCGCUACGAGACAACAUACUUUUGGGUGUCGAACCAGACUCUGUUACCGACGAACAACUCCACGCUGUUUGCCGUGAUGCCAGUAUCCACGACUUCAUAUCGUCGCUGCCCGACGGGUACAACACGCAGGUCGGAUCUCGGGGAGUCAGCCUCUCCGGUGGGCAGAAACAGCGCGUCUCCAUCGCGCGGGCGUUGAUCCGGCAGCCGAACGUGCUCCUCCUGGACGAGGCGACGAGCUCGCUGGACUCGGAGAGCGAGAAGCUCGUUCAGAAAGCCUUUGAGCGGGCCGCUACCGGCCGCACCAUGGUCGUCGUCGCGCACCGGCUUGCAACGGUGCAGAACGCUGACGUCAUUUUCGUCCUGGGCGAGGGGAAGGUCCUUGAGCAGGGAAAUCAUCACGAGUUGUUGAAGAAGAAGGGCGUCUAUUGGCAUAUGUGCCAAAGUCAAGCCUUGGAUCGGUAA